ACGAAGUGCAGUGACACGCCCACUUUCUCGGCGUACGCACAUGCUUUAGUGCACGCCUUUUCCGCCGGCGGCCUGCUUAGUGCCAGUGUCACUUGGAGGAGACAAGAUGGUUCCACCGGUCCAGGUAUCGCCGCUUAUAAAGUUCACCAGAUAUUCUGCAUUGCUGGUUGGGAUGAUUUAUGGCAUGAAAAGAUAUGACUAUUUAAAACCAAUUGCUGAAGAAGAAAGGAAGGUAGAAGCUGAAGAGAAAAGACAGCGAGAGGAAGCUGAGCGAAUUGCUAAGGAAAUAGCAGCUGCUAAUGAAGAUACCAUUCUGAAAUGAAUUUCCAUCCAUUAAAGGACAGUGUACCACCAUAUUGUGUUUCUUUGUUUAUUGCUCCUGGGUUGCUUAUGUAAAAGAAAUGUACCAUAAUAUAAACAGCCAAGAAAAA